UUAUUAUAAUCAUUCUUCCCCACCCCCAGCAAACAAGUUCUAGCAGAAGGGAAGGAAAGCGCUAUUUUCUGUUGUAACCUUUGGCAUAUGCUCGGCACCCCCUUCCCUGAUAAAUACCCUGCACCGAGUCUAAUCUGAUUGCUUGGGCAGCAGCUUCUGAUCAUGAAGAAGAAAGCGAAGGCUUGGAGGGGAGGCUUGGAUCCUUGGCUCUGAGCCACGUGUUGUGUGUAGCACUCAAAGCCAGGAGAGAUGUAUUUUCCAUAAAUAACUCUUGCUCACACAUACUGUGCCAUGGGCUUAAGGCCUCUUGAGACAGGGAUGGUUUUGUUUUGAGAUAAUCUCUCUCUGUGUGUGAGUGACACGACUGAUUUUUUUGGGGGGGGUGGGAAAUGGAAGACUAUACAACUAGAACCUAUGGCACAGGUGGACUGGACAACAGACCUCUCUUUGGAGAAACUUCAGCCAGGGAUCGAAUCAUCAACUUAGCUGUUGGUAGCUUAACAUCCUUGCUGCUUAUAGUCACUCUGAUCAGUGCUUUUAUCUUUCCUCAACUACCUCCAAAACCAGUGAAUAUAUUUUUUGCUUUCUGCAUAUCCUUGUGUAGUGUUUCUGCUGGCAUACUUAUCUACUGGUAUCGACAAGGAGACUUGGAACCUAAGUUUAGGAAUCUAAUUUACUAUAUCUUAUUUUCUAUUGUCAUGUUAUGUAUAUGUGCCAACCUGUACUUCCAUGAAGUGGGUAAAUGAUUGCGAGACUGUUCUUAGCUCCACCCUAGAAACAAAGGGGAUAAUCAGCUGGACAGGGAUGAAGAAAGGGAUUGUUCAGGGAUAAUCAGUACAUGAUUUUCAUGUAAAUGUAUAUCUAAAGUCCCUCGUGUUGGGAAGAAUUAUUGCCAUAUGACAUGACACUGCUUUUAUUUAAGAGCUAACUUUGCACUUAA